AUGCAGGCGGUAAGGCAGGCAGGCAGGCAGGCAGGCAGGCAGGCGGUAAGGCAGGCAGGCUGUAAGGCAGGCAGGCAGGCGGUAAGGCAGGCAGGCGGUAAGGUAGGCAGGCGGUAAGGCAGGCAGGCAGGCGGUAAGGCAGGCAGCAGUAACAUACAGAGCUAUAGAUGAGAUAGUAGAUAGCGGUCCUGGUUUACAAGCCCAGCCAGACGCUGCAACACGGCACGGGAGGGAGAGAAUCUAAACAGCUCAUUAGAAAGGCUCCAUCAUGUCCUUGGACCACUUUAGUUAUCCUCCCCCAAUUAUCCUGCCCUUCCCUAGCCCAGAAUAACAAAGGAGGGAAUAGUCUGGUGAGUCACAACCCCCACAGACGCAGAGAUGCUGCUGGAGGUAGUUCUUUAGGGCAGGUUGUCUCAACAGGAGAGCUCUGCUGUAAAUUAAACACCCUCGCACCAACAUAACUGUGUGUGUGUGUUUUCUAUUAAUCCACUCUCUAUACUCUGCCUCGUAUUGUAACUUCUGUAUCCUCUUUCACAUACCUGGAAAUGUCUAUGUGUGUCCGUCUGUCCAGACUGUCUCCUUCUGGCAGUGUUGUGGUGUCCUCCUCCCCAGACUGUUGCUGCUGUCUCAGGCUGCACCUCCUCUUCUCUCCCUGCACCUCCUCUCCUCUCCCUGUGGACAGAGAAGUGAGCUACCACUGCUCCCCAAAGCCAGUCAAGUCAGUCAGCCAGUCAGUGGUCGCCUUGAGUGGCGCUCACACCAGAGAAACAAGGUUAUUACCAGGUGAAGGCAGGCAGCUAGGCAGGCUACAGUGCACCGCUCUGUUGCCCAGUGUCUCGCUGGUGCUGCUGUGUCAUUAGACCAUUGCUCCACUUCACUUCUCAGACUGGCUGAGCUGUAGGUCUGGCUCCUGAUCUGAGAGGUGAGGAGGAGGGGGGUCACUGCAUUAGACCCCCUGGAAGUCUCAUAUAAGAGGGAGGCAGCCUUCCCUCCUACUGCACAUUCACAGAUCCACCUAAAGAAGAGUUGUCCUUGUUGUGUGUUGUGGGUCUUUGAGCACAAUCCCUUUAUUACCCUGAGAGAGAGGACGAACCUCAGACAAGCAGAGAGAGAGCCAGUGAGGGAGAGAGAGAGAGAGGGUGAGUUUAGGAGGAGGAGAGAGAGAGAGCUCUGAGUAGGACUAGGCUCUGCUGAUUCUGGCACGAUUACUUCAACUGUUUGUCAUAUCAGCUUAGCUCUGACAGCGGGAUCGGGAGGCAGAGAGGUGGCUGGAGAAGGGAACCACAGCCAGGAUUCCACACUAGCCCAGAGGAAUAACUGUGUGCUGGGCCUGCCCUGCCUCCUGUGUCCCUCUGCCUGGUUCCCCAAACCUCCAUCCCCCCCGGGGUUUAGGCUGAAGCCCCCAGAAAAAAAAAUAGAGAUAAAGGGAGAAGGUUUUUGGGAAAGUUCGCCUCAGUCUCAUCAGGGUUUUGGUAUUGAACCCGCGGCUAAGUGGCAGCGUGACAGGAAGAGGUGGGGUUUUUUUUCCCCCAAAAAGGUGUUUCUGUGGCAACGGAAACGGCUUGCCACCAGCAAAAUUUUUAAAACCAACCGGCCCCCCGGGGGGAAAAAGGCGGGGGAGGGGGAAAGGGGGGGGGGGGGAAAAGGGGGGAAAAAGAGGAAGGGGAAAAAAGGGGGCCCGGGAGGGGGGGGACAAAAAAAGGGGGGGGCGGGCGGGGGCAAAAACCCCCCCGGGGGGCGGGGGAAACCCCCCCGGGGGGGGGGGGGACCCCCGGGGGGGGGGGGCCACCCCAGCCCGGGGGGGGGGGGGGGAAAAAAAACCCCCCCGGGAGGGAGGAAACCCCCCCCGGCGCGGGGGGGGGCCACCCCGCCGGGGGACGCCCAAACCCCCGGCGGGGGGGAGGGACCGAGGGGGGGGCAGGCGGGGGCCCCCCCGGGCCCGCGCGCGGACCCAAACCCCGCCCCCCGCGGGGGCCCCGGGCGCGACCCCCCCCGGGGGGGCCGGGCGCCACCCCCGCGCGGGCGGCGCGCGGACCCCCCCCCGGGGGCCCCCGGGCCACCCCCCCCGGGGCCGCGCGCGGACCCCCCCGCGCGGGGGCCCCGCGGGGCGCCACCCCGCGCGCGGGCCCGCGCGCGACCCCAGCGCGGGGGGCGGGGCCACCCGCGCGCGACCCCCGCGCGGGGCCGCGGGCCCACCCCGCGCCGGGCCCGGGCGGCACCCCCGCGGGGGGCCGCCGGGGCGCCCCCCCCCGCGCGCGACCCCGCGCGGGGGCCCGGGCCCACCCCCGGCGGGCCCGCGCCGGACACCCGCGGCGGGGGGCCCGGGGGGGGCCCCCGGCGGACCCCCCGGGCGGCCGGCGGGGAACCGCGCAGCGGACUCUAGCGCGGCGCCACACCCCCCAGCGGAGCGCCCGACCCCUCGCGGGCCUCUUUCCCACCCACCCGCCCGCAAUCACCACCCCUCUCGCGCGAACCACGCUACUCCCUCGACAACAAUCUCUCCCUCCUCUUCCACCCCCCGCCCUCACCCCACCCUCUCCCCCCCAGCUUUCACACUCUCUCACACCGCGACCCCCUCUCUCUUCGUCUCUCUCCACCUCACCCCUAUCUAUUCACACUCUCCACCCCCGUUCUCUCUAGUCUUCCCUCUCUCUCUACCCCCUCUCUCUUUCACUCUCUCUACCCCCUCUCUCGUUCCCCUCUCCUCCACUCUCUUUGCUCCCAUGAGUGGAUCCUCUUCAGUGUUGUGUACAGAUAUAUGUUAACCCCUGCUGCUUGUGUUUCCUGUGUGUGUGUAGGUGGACGUGGGGGUGGUACACUUCACCCCUCUGGCUCAGCCCCAGAUCAAGCAGCCCUUCAAGCUGGUGGAGAAAGUAGUCAGGAAUGUCUUCCAAUUCCGGAGGAAGCACUGCCGCAAAGGAAUCGAGUAAGCAAUAUUUCUACCCCACCUCCUGCUACGGUUCACGCUUUAAUCGCUCUCUGUCUCGCUCUACACUCUCUCUUUGUUACAUGCCACAUUAAGUGAACUCUCAGUUCAUCCUUGACCAGCUAUAUAUAAAGCUGCUCAUGGCUCCCUCUCUCCCCAUGCCUGUGAGGAGUGUACGUAGGCAGGCUGUAGGCCCGGGGAACAAAAGAAGAGAGCAGCAAUUAUGAGUCAUUGGGGUGUCAUAGGAAGACGAGGCAUGAUAACUUAUGUAAUUGCAGAGAGGCAGCUUUAACAGCUUGAGGAGGAGCUAACUGGCACUGAAGCGCUAAGCAAGCAUCUGUACUGGGUAUGUGGGUGCGCUGUGAUGCUCUUGAAGUUGGGUUCUGUAUGUUAACUGUGAAAACCCAUGGUGUUGCUGAGGGCAUCUGGGGCUACAUCUCUAGUCUUCAAUUGUUCAUUCUCCUCGUCUCCUUUCCACGACCAAUGAUCUGAGAGGACAUGACAUGACAACUGAAUUUAUGUUACUGUCAUCUACAGUAUUAGUCUGGUGGAAUCUGCACCCUAACAGCUUUGUCUGCAUAUUUAAUCACAAUAACAUGAUUUAUUUAUGCUCUUUGUGGCAGCAUUUUGUUUGAUUUAAAUUAAUUCCUGUUUUCUAUUUCUAAAUGAUAGCUGGAGGCUUGUGGACAUAUUGCCCAGCAGAUUCCAUCUGGCCCUGUACUGUCCCUAUGAGUGGUCAUGAUAGACCGGAAGCCAACUGAGCCUUUUCCUGUUCUCUUCCCAGAAUGCUGUUCCCGGAGACACAGAGGCUGGAGCUGGCGGAGGUGAUGAUGCAUGAGGCGGACGUGGACCCCACCCUGCGCCCCACGGAGCUCUCCAUUCCUGACAUCAGAGCCCUGGCGGACGCCUACAGCCGCCUCUGCUCUGAGAACCAGGGCCUCCUCACCUACGACUUCAGAGAGGAACUUAGACUCAAACACCUUAACAGGCGAUCGGGCAGCAGCACUCAGCAGCCCGUCUGA